AUAAACAGAACUCGAAAGAGACUUUUGUUUUUAUGCAGAGUAAAAACGUCACAAAACGUCAUACGUCAUCCCGCUACAGUGCGUAACGAGCCUCCCAAAUUAUUACUUUCAUUUUAUCUAGUGAAGUAAUGGUGGCGCUGUUAAUACAGAGUAACAACAGACCACUUUUGCUUCGCUGAAUCUGCGUUCAUCUCUGAGCAAAAAUUCAAAAAUGAAGCAUGUCUUUAUUUUUCUCUUAUUGUCGAUGUGUUUACAUGUGCACGGAGUGUCAGUGAUGGAGGGAGAUUCAGCCACUCUAAACACUGGUGUUCAAACAAACCAACAAGAAAGUAUUAGAUGGUAUUUUAAUGACAUUCGCAUCGCUCAGAUCAAUGGAGAUCUCAGUAGGAUCUGUACAGAUGUUCAGUGUAAUGAAGGUACUGGGAGAUUCAGAGACAGACUGAAGCUGGAUCAUCAGACUGGAUCUCUGACCAUCACAAACACCAGAAACACAGACUCUGGAGAUUAUGAACUACUGAUCAUCAACAGCAGCAGCUACAGUAGAAAGACCUUCAGUGUUUCUGUUCAUGGUGUGUCUGAUGUUGAAGUGUCAGUGAUGGAGGGAGAUUCAGUCACUCUAAACACUGGUGUUCAAACAAACCAACAAGAAAGAAUUAAAUGGUAUUUUAAUGACACUCUCAUCGCUCUAAUCAGUGGAGAUCUCAGUUAUAUCUGUACAGAUGUUCAGUGUAAUGAAGGUACUGAGAGAUUCAGAGGCAGACUGAAGCUGGAUCAUCAGACUGGAUCUCUGACCAUCAUGAACAUCACAAACACAGACUCUGGAGAAUAUACACUGAAGAUCAUCAGCAGCAGCAGCACCAGUGUAAAGAUCUUCAGUGUUUCUGUUCAUGGUUUGUAAAAAGAACAAGACGAUAUCAAGAAGAAACAGGACGAGAAAGAGAAGAAGAACCACUAAAGUGGAAGGAAUGAAGAUGGAUCCGAAGGCCAAAGAGAUGCUUAAAUUACUAAGACAGCAACAGAGAAUUAAUUUGAAACUGAUUAUGCUUAUUAAACAAUCAUAUAUGUUGAA